AUGGCGGGGUUGUCACAUUUACAGUAUUGGCUUGAUGCAGUGUCCACCGCUACCUAUCUCAUUAAUAGGAUGCCUAGCUCUAAGCUUUCUAAUAUGUCUCCUUAUGAAAUUAUAUUCCAUUCUUCUCUUGCUUAUUCCUCUUUUAAGGUUUUUGGCUGUCAGUGCUUUUCUUGGCUUCGGCCCUACACUUCUAACAAGCUUCAACCUAGAUCUACUAUUUGUGUUUUUCUUGGUUACCAUCCAUCUUUGAAAGGAUACAGAUGUCGUGAUCUUGCUAGAGGGAAAAUUCAUAUUUCUAGACAUGUCAUUUUUCAUGAGGAUAUCUUUCCUUUUGCCACUGCUCAGCCUCCUUCUAACUCUCCUUCUAGGUCUGUUAAUACUGUUGCUCCUGCUCCUUGUCCUACAUCUCCGCCUCCCUCUAUUUUUUUGUCUUUUGUUGUACCUCUUUCUCUGCCUACUAGUCCGGCUGCUCCUACUCCUCUGUCUGAGCCUCCUGCAGUUCAGUCUCAGCCUAUUCAGCCUUCUGAUCCAAAUCCUUCUUCUCUUGUUCUUAUUCACUCUAUUUUUAUGGAUUUACCAUCUGUCCCUCCUUCAUCAUUUUCUCACAGUUCUCCUACCAAUGUUCAUCCUAUGCUUACUCGAUCCAAAACUAGUUGUCUUGUGGCCACUUCUUCUUCUUCAUUCACUGAUAUAGAACCUUCCACUUAUCAACAAGCUCUUACUUCUCCAAUCUGGUAUGCUGCAAUGCUUGAUGAGUAUCAUGCUCUUCUUGGUCAAGGUACUUGGUCCCUUGUGCCUAUUCCUUCUGCCAAAACAGCCAUUUGCUGCAAAUGGGUUUUCAGAAUAAAAAGAAAUUCUGAUGGGACUAUUGCUAGAUAUAAAGCCAGUUACUGUGACAACUCUUUAUUCAUCAAGAAGACCUCCAAUGAUAUUCUCAUUCUCUUGGUCUAUGUAGAUGAUAUUUUACUUACUGGCAAUAGUUUUCUUCUUCUUCAAGACCUCAUUGGUCAAAUGCAUGCUUCCUUUGCCGUGAAGGAAUUAGGCAACGUUUCUUACUUUCUCGGCGUUUCUAUUCAAAUUGUGGGAGCUAAUUACUUCUUGUCCCAGCAAAAAUAUGCUUCUGAAAUUCUCCUCAAGGCUGGCAUGACCUCUUGUAAACCCUGCAAUUUACCUAUUUUAGUCAGGCUUGCUGUCAUUCUUGCUUCUUCUCUGCUUUUUGCUCAAUCCCAGUUAUACAAAAGUCUUGUUGGUGCAUUGCAGUAUUUAACUAUCACACGCCCUGAUCUGUCUUUAGUAGUUAACCAAGCCUGCCAACAUAUGCAUGAUCCCACUAAUGGCCAUUUUGCCUUUGCUAAACGUAUUCUCAGAUUUGUUAAAGGUUCCCUCUCUCAUGGCCUCACAUUUACUCCCAGUUCUUUUGAGCUUCAAGUUUUUUCUGAUUCUAAUUGGGCUGGGGAUCAUUUGGAUAGAAGAUCUACCUCUGGCUAUUGCAUUUAUCUUGGCUCUAAUCUCAUUUCCUGGUCUGCUAAGAAACAGUCGACAAUCUCUCGAUCCAGUACUGAGGUUGCAGCCAAGAAAGUUGUUCUUAAGUAUGUUCCUUCUGUGGAUCAAAUUGCUGACAUUUUUACAAAGCCUUUAUCCAGUUCCAGAUUCCAGUUUCUCAAGACCAAGCUAUUGGCCACUUCCUCUGCCAUCAGCUUGCAGGGGACUGAUAAUAUUACAACUAUAGAGCCAACAGAGCCACAACAUUUAGAGUUGCAUCAGCAACUCAAGCCACAAUAG